AUGGCGAUGCUGCUGCUGUGGCCGCUGUUGGUGACCUGCUGUUGUUACUGCGGCUUGUUGUCGGCUCAGGAGCUGCCGAUCAACGGGGUGAAUGGGUACAGUCUGCACCCGCCUUACUUUAACCUGGCUGAAGGCACUAAGAUCAGAGCCACGGCGACCUGCGGGGAGGAAGACACCGGCAGGAGCGUGCAGGAUCUUUACUGCAAGCUGGUCGGAGGCCCGGUGUCCGGAGACCCGAGCCAAACCAUCCAGGUGAGCGGUGACUUUAAUUUUGCUCCUUCCACAGCCUCUCCGUUCUGCCUGAGCUCGGCCGUGUCUCUGUCGGCCUUCUUCAACAACGGGGCGAUGCCGUGCGCCUGCCACGAGGUCGGAGCCGAGAGCGACACCUGCGAGCAGUUCGGCGGUCAGUGCCGCUGCAGGCCUCACGUGAUUGGCCGAGACUGCUCCAUUGUGCGCCACGGGCCACUGGGAUUCCCCAACUGCAGACCAUGUAACUGUGGAACGAGGUUAUGUGAGCCGGUGACCGGUGACUGUAUCUGCCCUCCGAGGACCGUCCAACCCGACUGCACCCAGUGUGAGCCCCAGACGUUUGGCUGCCACCCGCUGGUGGGGUGCGAGGUCUGCAACUGCUCUCGGCCUGGAAUCACCAACCCAGACGUCAGCUGUGACACGCAGAGCGGACAGUGCAGAUGUAAGAACAACAUCGUCGGCCGCCAGUGUGACCGCUGUGCACCUGGUUUCUAUGGUUACCCCAACUGUAGGCUGUGCGACUGCAACGAGGCGGGAACAGAAGAGGAAGUGUGUGACUCCUUCACAGGACAGUGUCUCUGCAAGGAGAACGUUCAGGGUUCUCGCUGUGAUCAGUGCAGAGUUGGUACGUUCCACUUGGACCCGACCAAUCCGAAGGGCUGCACCAGCUGCUUCUGCUUCGGAGCCACGGACCGCUGCCGCAGCUCUGACAAGAGACGCACCGAGAUCAUGAACAUGGAGGGCUGGACGUUGGUCGGAGCAGACAAACAGGAAGUGCUGGCGACGGUGUAUCCUGGUCAGGAUCUCAUAGAGGCCGACCUCAGCGACGUACCCGAUGUCUACCAGGAUCUACACUGGCACGCACCCAAGACUUACCUGGGAGACAAGGUGUCGUCCUACGGAGGUUAUCUGAGGUAUCGUCUCCACACUCAGACCAUGAGAGGUGAUGUGUUGUCUCUGCCUGCAGAAGCAUCCAGGCCUGAUAUCAUUCUCAAGGGAAACCAGAUGACGCUGGUGUUCAUGGAGAGAGAAUACUCCUCACCUGAAGAGCCUCACCUGGGGAUAGUUCACAUGGUCGAGGGGAGUUUCCGUCACGCUCAGACGGGUAACUCAGUGUCCCGUGAGGAGCUGAUGAUGGUUCUGGUCGGUUUGGAGUCUCUGCAGAUCCGAGCUCUUCACUCUCAGUCGGCUCACGCCGUGUCGCUGCGCGGAGCCGUGCUGGAGGGAGCCGAGAACCUGCCGACCGGUCGCCAUGCCAACAACGUGGAGAUCUGCAUGUGUCCCGCCAAUUACCUGGGAGACUCGUGUCAGAAAUGUUCUCCAGGUUUCUACAGAGACACUGUCGGCCUGUUUUUGGGGAAGUGUGUUCCCUGUAACUGUAACGGACACUCUGAUCAGUGUCUGGACGGAUCUGGAAUCUGUCUGAACUGCCGACACAACACGGCCGGCGACCACUGUGAGAAAUGCCAGGGCGGUUUCCUAGGCAACAACACUCUGGACGGACAGGCGGUGUCAUGCUCCAGUUGUCCCUGUCCGCUGAGGGUCCCGUCCAACAAUUUUGCAGAAGGUUGUGUGCAGAAAAACGAGCGGAUGCAGUGUCUGUGUAUGCCGGGUUACGCUGGACCACAUUGUGAAAGAUGUGCCCCCGGUUUCUACGGCAACCCCAUGGUGCUGGGCAGCAGGUGCCAGCCGUGCCACUGCAACGGCAACACCGACCCCAACAUGCUGUUCACCGACUGCCACCCGCUGACCGGAGAGUGUCUGAGCUGCAUGCACGACACGGCCGGGCCGCACUGUGACGACUGCGCCCCCGGUUACCAUGGAGACGCCGUCGUCGCCAAGAACUGCACCAAGUGUAAUUGUUCUCCAUGUGGUACCGAGUCAUGUGACCCUCGGACCGGUCAGUGUCGCUGCAAACAGGGAGUCACUGGACCACGCUGCGAACGCUGCAAGGACGGCGCUUUCGGUUUCGACUCGUGCUCCGGCUGCCAUCAGUGUGACUGCGACGCCUCGGCCGCUCUCACCCAGCCGUGCGACCCUCAGAACGGUCGCUGUGCCUGUCGACCCGGAGUCAACGGACCCAGCUGCAAACAGUGUGCUCCUGGACACUGGGACUACGGACCCGACGGCUGCAAGAAGUGUAACUGCAGAGGAGGUCGCUGUGACCCUCGGACAGGAGAGUGUCGCUGUCCUGACGGGAUGAAGGGAAAACAGUGCGACACCUGCGCCAACAAAUACAGCAUGCCUACAGAGGACCAUCACGGCAUGCACUGUGAACCCUGUGACAGCUGCGUCAUCGUCCUGCUGGAGGAUCUGGACAAGAUGAACCAGGACUUUAACUCCGUAGCCACUCAGCUGCGUAACCUCAACGCCAGCUCCAUCGCCUGGGCUCAGCUGGACAACCUCAACAAAUCCGUGGAGACAUGGCCGUGACGCGCCAUAGAGAACUACAACAGCUCGCUGGAUGAGAGCAGGAGCCGAGCCGACCUGCUGGACGCUGAUGUGAUGAACAUUAACGCUGACAUCGAUGAACUGCAGGAUAAGGCGGCAGCGACGACUAACAGGGCCGAUGACCUGCAUGACAGUACCAGCAACACACCAGAGGCGCAAGACCUGCUGUCCUUCAUUAACAACAUGACCAUGGAUAUAAACGACAUGAUACUGACGGCGAACCGCUCGUCUCUGAACGACACGGAGGUGACUCAGGACGUCUCCCAGAGAGAGAGGAUGAUGAGGGAGGUGCAGACGAUGCUGAGAGAGAUGAGGUACCGCAGCUGUGUGGGUCAGAAGAAGCUCGCCCAGAAAGAGAAGACGGAGGCCGAGAAGUUGUUGGAUCGAGUUAAUAAAGAGUUGGCGGGUCGUCAAGGAGGAAACGAAGAUUUGGCCAAAGCCAUCAAAGAGCGUCUGAACGUCCUUCACUCUCAGAUGAUGGACCUGAGAGACGCUCUGAACGAAGCCGUCAACAAGACCGCCAGAGCCGCCGAGAUCAACAACGUCAACGAGAAAAGUCUGGAGGACAACAAGAGGAGGAUCGAAGACUUGUCAUCCAAGCAGAAGGAAGUGACCGAUCAGUUACAGAUGGCCGAGGACGACGUUGCUCAGGUCAACGAUUUACUGUCGAUGCUGCAGGACUCCAAAGAGGAGUACGAGCGGUUGUCGGCUCAGCUGGACGGAGCCAGGACGCCGUUAAUAAAGAAGGUGCAGGACUUCGCUUGGGUCGACUCUAAAAUCCCGCUGGUGGAGGAAGCAGAGAGACACGCAGAGCUGCUCAACGCUUUAGCCAUGAAUCUGUCCAGUUUGGUUGCAGAAACAAAGAAGGACGGAUUUGUGGACGUGACGCAAUCCUACAACAAGAUCAUCAACAGCAUCAAGAAGGCAGAGGAGGCCGCCAGCGCUAAAAGGGCUGCAAACGACGCACUGGAGCACAUACAGGACGGCAACCUCGCUCAGAUCGCCGGCUCUCUGAAGAACCACAGCCUGGAGCUGAAGGAGGAGGUUGAAAAGUUAGAUGACGAACUCAACAAUGAUCUGAAGCCUCAGCUGGAAGAUGCUCAGAAGAGACUCGCCGACGCCAAAGCUAAAAAGGAUCAAGUGAGAAACCUGGAGACGGCUCAGAAGAACCUCAACUCCACCACAGAUGUGAGCGAGGAGAUCAACGCGGCAAAGCGAGCGGCCAAUCAGGCGAACACCACGGCGACGCAGGUCAACGAUGCGCUGCGUCCCAUCAAAGAGCAGCUGGACAUAUGGCAGCAGACGUACGGCGACGCCAACGCCACCAACGACGACAUCAACAACGCUCUGAUGGAGGCCAACUAGACCGGUAGGAACCCUGAGCAUGCUGGCGACACUAUUCCUCUGCUCAUGAAGAAGCUCGACAAGCUGCAGAAUCACUCGGUUCAGAUGCCGAACAUCUCGGAGGACAUCAGCCGCAUCCGACAGCUCAUCCAGCAGGCUCGCAACGCUGCCAGCAAGGUGAGCGUACCCAUGAAGUUUAACGGAGACUCCAGCAUUCAGGUCCGUACUCCUGCUAAUCUGGCCGAUCUGGCCGCUUACACCUCCCUGAAGUUCUACAUCACCCUGCCGGAGGCGGCGCGGUCCAGGCGGCAGGGCGACGGCAUCAAACAGUUCGUCUUCUACCUCGGCAACAAAGAUUCCACUAAGGAGUUCCUGGGCAUGGCGUUGGAGGGGAAGAGACUACGUUGGUACUUUAACAUCGGAGGAAGCACUGCUGAGGUGCUGAUGGCUGAAGACGUCAAGUCUGAUGGGAAGUUCAACAACGUCAUGCUGGAGAGGAUCAUGCAGUACGGUCAGAUGUCCAUGUCCUCAGAAGCCGAGGGCGAUCAGAGAGUCACCAAAGCCAACAUGCAGGCCGGAGGAGAUCAGGGGCUGCUCAACCUCCUCACCAGCAACACCGUCUUCUACGUGGGAGGAUACCCCAAAAUGUUCAAACCUCCCGCCCCGCUCGCUCUGCCCAACUUUAAGGGCUGCAUUGAGCUGGAAACGCUGAACGAGGAAGUGCUCAGUCUGUACAACUUUGAGAAUAACUUCAACCUCAACACGACGGAGGAUAAACCUUGUGGCAGGCCGAAGCCGGUGCUGACUCAGGCCUGGGUGAACGACGGGGCGUUCUUCGACGGCACCGGCUACUGCGAGGUUACCGUCGACGAGAAUAAGAAUCAGCGCUUUCAGCGCUUUGAACAGGAAAUCAAACUGCUCUCGCACAACGGCAUACUGCUCCUGAUGGAAAACGGGACUCAGUUCCUGUGUCUGGCGGUGCUUCAGGGCAGACUGAAGGUUUAUUAUGAUUUCAGUGGUAGUCUGGAGGAGCUCCCUUUAAAGGUUGACCCUGACCUCCAAAAGGUCAGCGAUGCGGAGGCCAAAACUCUGGAGCUCAUCAUCAUGCGCAAACCCGCGCAGCAGGCUGGUGGUGAACAGGUGGUGGUGAGGACGGGUCGCACCGUCGUCUACAAGCACACAUUCACUGAGAAACUGCCUGCGUUGGGCAGCACCUACUACCUGGGAGGAGUCCCCGAAAACAAGAUGCCCCAAAAGCUGAAGACUGUGUUCCCUAAGCAACGCUCUCUGAAGGGCUGCUUCAGGAACGUGAAGACCAACGUUGGCAAUCACGUUGAUCUGAAGAGGAUGAAAAACUCUGGAGUCAGCUUCGGCUGUGACAGCGACCUGCUGGUGGCUCGUGAGGCUCAUUUCUCCGGGCAGAGCUACCUGGGUCUGGCUCUCACAGACGUUUCCAGUGUGAAGAAGAACUUCCACGCCGGCUUCAGCUUCAGAACGGAGCAGAAGAGCGGACUCAUGUUCCACCACCACGAUAAGGAAGGAGCGUGCCAGGUGCUUUUGCAUGACGGCCAUGUCGUGGUGAGAGCCGGCGACCGUGAAAUCAAGACGCAGAAGACGUACAACGACGACAACAGCCACUACGUCACCAUCUACAGCAACGACAUCGGGAUGCGCGUGUACAUGGACGACAUGCUGGAGAAAGCCAAGGAGAGUAUCAGGGUGGGACGAGGUGUGACGAAGGAUAUGGAGGGCAGGACAUACCUGGGAGGAACGCCCAAUCAAAUGCUCAACAACCUCACCGGAUGUAUCAGCAACUUUUUCAUGAAGAGUGAUACGAGUCAUCCGAUGGUUUUGAACCUGAUGAAAGCAAAAGAAAACGUAGACGUUCCUCUGGACUGUCCCGCCGCCCAAAAACCUCAGCAGAUCGUGGCCGCUCCGCCCAAGCAGAGCAGCAAACCCAAGGGGAAGCACAAGAAGCCGUCGGGCGGUUCGUCUCGGAGUCGUAACACCAGGGAGUCGUGUCAGGGCGAGACGUCGCAGCAGGAAGUGGGAGCCACUCACUUCAGCGGCUCCUCACACAGCUACCUGAGAUACAACGCUCUGCCCAGCGCGCUCAGCUCCAUGCCUCACAUCUCCAUGUCAAUGAGGAUCAACUCCUCUGAUGGUUUGGUGCUCUACGUCGCCGGCGCUCAUCGAGGUGGAGCCGUGAUGUCACUCAGCGUGUCAGACGGCUACCUGCUGCUCUUAUUGGACGGAGGGAAGAGGAAGGUCAGCCUCCGCAGCCGCAGGAAGUACAACGACGAGCAGUGGCACACGGUGUUCAUAAAGCGUGAAGGAGAGAGGAUCAGUCUGAUACUGGACGGUAUCAACGUUCAGUCUAAGAAACUUUCAGGAGACAGAAGUCGUCUCAGCGGACCUUUAUAUGUUGGAGGAGUCCCGGCUUCUCUGACGGCUCCCGGCUCUGGAGGAUUCGUGGGUUGCGUCAGGGACCUGACACUAAACGAGGCUCCUGCAGGAAACCCCGCUCACAGUCAGGGGACGGUGCCUUGCUUCCAAAACCCUCUCCAGCCCGGAGCGUACUUCUCUGGACAGGGAGGACACAUGGUGAUAGAUGAGUCCUUGGUUCUGGGUCGAGAUUUGGAGAUUCAGCUGGAGGUUCGGCCCGUCUCGGACUCCGGGCUGCUGUUGCAUGCUGGGAAGUCAUCUGACCAACACUUGACUUUGGUGCUGAGCCACGGAGAGGUGACAGUUUCAGUGAACAGCGGUAAAGGUGAAUUUUCUACCUCUUUCACUCCUGAAGAAGCUCUGUGUAACGGACGCUGGCACACCAUCAGAGUGGUGAAGAAGAACAACGUGCUGCAGCUCCACGUGGACGCAGCCAGCGAGCACAGCGUCGGCCCCAAACAGAACCGCUCAGCAGGGGCCAAGGAGACCGUUUACCUCGGAGGAGUUCCUGAUGGCGUCACACUGCCCACUCUCCCCGCCGGCUUGCCCGCCUUCCAGGGCUGCAUCCGCAAAGCGACCAUCAACCACAGACCGGCCAUGCUGUCCAAACCGCUCGCCGUACACGGAGCGGUGGGGACGCAGGGCUGCCCGCACAUGUAGAGACACACACACACACACACACACACACACACACACACACACACACACACACACACACACACACACACACACACACACACACACACACACACACACAGUCUUAUCCUCACAUUCCCAACUACAAAUUUACUGGUGGUGGGUGUCAUGUUACUGUAGCUAAUUUAAAAUAUAUAUAUUAAUAUUUAUUUUUUAUUUUCAGAUUUUAAAACAAAACAAAACAAAUGUAUAUUUUAUAUUUUCCGAUCUUACUGGUUUUGUUAGUUUUUUGUGCUACAGGGUGCUACAGCAGUGCUACAACUGUCUGCACGUAGAGAUGCACUGAUACGAGUGACUGGUACAACACAUCAACUCUUACAAUGAAUCAUUACAUGUGUAGUAUAUUGUAAAUAUUAAAAAAAAGGAAACUUGAUUUUCUCGCUUUUGCAAAAAACUAAAUGGUGAAAAAUUAAUGUUGAUGAUUUUUGCUCUUCAGCUCUUCCCCCCCUGCAAACUUAAUUUCUUAAAUCUUGAAUAUAAUGAAGAUUUAAAGAUGUAUACAGCUGCGUAUGGUGCAUCUCUAAGCAGAGAAUGUUAUAUAUAUAUAUUUAUAAACAUAUAUAUAUAUACCUACUGAGUCUGUACACUGUGAACAUUGUAAUAUAUGAAUAACCUCUUUAAGGCGGCACACGUGUGUGACUGCACCUGCAACAAGGACUGGAGCAGCGUCGCAUUUAAAACACUAAAACACGAGUAUUUACAUUUAAAAACUAGCUUUUAAAUUUGACUUAUUAACCCUCGCAUACUGUUCAGGGUCUAAAUUUGACCCAUUUUGACAUUCAAAAGCAGUAAACACACUAAAUACUUCUUACCUUUAACCUCAAAUUUGAUGACAUCUCCUUAAAAUAUUGAAAUGUAGCUGAUAUAUAUUAUUUUUUAAAGUUUUUGACAUAUUUAUUCAAAAAUUUAAAAAAAAAUACUGUUGCAUUCCUCAUGAUUUUUCUGAACUGAUCUCACUUUUUUUUUUUUUAAUCUGUGACUGAUGACGUAUUCAUGAGCCCUUUUUUGUGCAGUAAUUUGGUAAAGAGACUAAUUAUGAAGAGUCUGAAUAUGAACAGUAUGUGAGGGUUAAUCACAUAUUGGGGCGGCUGUGGUUCGAUCCACAUGUCGAUGUGUCUUUGGGCAAAGAUACUUAACCCCAAAUUGCUCUAGUUGCUAUGCCAACGGUGUGUGAAUGUUUAGUUUUUUUCUUCCUGAUGAGCAGGUUGGCUCCCUGCGUAGUAGCUCCUGCCAUCAGUGUAUGAAUGUGUGUGAAUGGGUGAAUGAGACAUGAUGUGUAAAAGUGCUUUGAGUGGUCAUAACUACUAAAUGAAGCGCUUUAUAAGUACAGUCCAUUAACUAUUUACCAUUUAAACUUCAGUUUCCAGAGUAAAAAAUAUCAUUUGAGCAACUUUUAAUUUGGCAGAAACCUCCUUUUGCUUCCUCACACAUAAUCUUAACAUGUUAUUUAUUAUAUUCUUUGU